AUCAAGCAGUAUCCUCGUACAGUAAAGCAGUCACUGCGCAAAAAAGAUGAACGUCGAAAACAAAAAAGGGAUGCAUACAAAGAGCGCAAACAAGCUGAAAAGCAGGCACGAAAAGAUGAAAUUAGAGAAUUAAAGGCAUUGAAAAAGAGUGAAAUUGAAGAGAAGCUGCGUAAAUUGAGGAAAUUGGCUGGUGACGACAGCUUGCCGCUGAGUGUGGACGAUUUGGAAGCGGACUUCGAUCCUACUUCUUACGACAAACGCAUGGAUGAGAUUUUUAGUUCCCAGUAUUAUGGAAAAUCUGAAGCGGAGGAGAAACCUGUGUUUUCUGAUAUAACGGAAGAUUCCAGUGAAGAGCUAUUUGAUAUAAUCGAAGAUGCAUCACUUGAUAGACAAUCUGUUGUUUAUCCUCGCUCCAUUGUUCUUUGGAAAGGAAUUGUUUUGUCAUAUUUUUUCUUCGGCGUUUGGCUCAUAUAA